GUGAAAUAAGAAGCCAUAAUGUUAUAGGGAACAUCUUGAGUUUGGUCUACAAGGAUCAGCCAUCAGCCCUACUAACAUACCGAGACCAUAGACCAAACUCUCGGAUAGCUUCCCACCAAAAAAAAAAAAGAAAAAAAGUAAAAUACUACAAAACAAAACCAAAAAAAUUAUGGGAAUCUCAAAAACAAAAAUCAAUGGGCUUAUUGUCCUCUUAUUCUUCACAUUUGUUGCAGUAGGAAUAGCAGUGCCAGACAACAGCACAAGAAGGCACUUGUCCAAAAAAUACAAAGGACCAUGUGUUGCUGCAAAUCUUAUUGACAAAUGCUGGAGAUGUAACCCUCGUUGGGCUGAUGAUCGCCAAAAAUAUGCUGAUUGUGCGAUGGGUUUCGGCCGUAAUGCUAUUGGAGGAAAAGGUGGAAGGAUUUAUGUAGUCACAGAUCCUUCUGACGACAACGUCGAAAAUCCCGUGCCAGGUACCCUAAGGUACGCAGUGAUCCAGAAGGAACCCUUGUGGAUCAUAUUCUCAAAACAUAUGAAAAUUAAGUUGAACAGGGAAUUGCUUAUGCAAAGCUACAAAACCAUUGAUGCACGUGGACACAAUGUCCAUAUUGAAAAAGGAGCUGGAAUUAAGAUGCAAGGUGUAAACAACAUUAUCAUCACUAAUCUUCACAUUCACAACAUUGGACCUACUUCUGGUGGCAUGAUCAGGGACUCAAUAGACCACAUAGGUAUCAGGGGUGCAGAUGAAGGAGAUGCUAUUAGCAUCUUCGCUUCUCAUGAUGUUUGGAUUGACCACGUGUCGAUGUCACGUGCCGCGGACGGGCUCAUCGAUGCCGUCCAAGGAUCUACUGGUAUUACCAUCUCUAAUUGCCACUUUACUGACCACGAUAAAGUAAUGUUGUUUGGUGCAAAUGAUAAUUACCUGGACGAUAAGAAAAUGCAAAUCACAUUAGCGUACAACCACUUUGGUAAGAGGUUGGAUCAAAGGAUGCCAAGGUGCAGGCUUGGAUUCUUCCAUCUUGUCAACAACGACUACACCCACUGGAUGAGGUACGCCAUUGGCGGUAGCAGUGAAGCAACAAUCAUUAGCCAGGGUAACCGUUUUAUUGCUCAAUACAAUGUUGAUAUUAAAGAGGUGACACACAGGGAAAAGGCACAAGAAUCAGAAUGGAGACACUGGACUUGGUUAUCACAAGACGAUGACAUGCAAAAUGGUGCUUUCUUUAGAACUUCUGGUGAUCCAAAUGCACUAAGCAAAUUCAAGAACCUCAAUUUGAUGCCAGCAGAACCAUCUUACAGAGUUGGAAUUCUUACUAAGUUUUCAGGAUCACUCGGUUGCACAGUAGGACGCCCAUGCUAGUUACAAACAAUUCAUUUAAUUAUUUCAAAUAAUUAAAUGAAAUAAUUCUAGCCACCCCAUUCACUAAAACCGAAAGAAAGGGAGAUGUCACAUUUAUAUAGCAGAUAUCAACUACUGGGAAAUGGUCAAGAGGUUUAUUAUCUUUAACUUAAUUUAACUUGUUAGGUAAGGUUGUAAUAACACUUUCUUUGUGAAAUUUAAGCUCGUUUUUGUAUCUUCUAUAUUCAAUAAUGUUAAGCCACUUCUUUAUUAAUUGAUAACAAUUUUUUACUUGA